AUGGUCAACGUACCCAAAACUCGCCGCACCUACUGCAAGGGCAAGUGCAAGAAGCACACCCUCCACAAAGUGACCCAGUACAAGAAGGGCAAGGAGUCCAACGCCGCCCAGGGACGUCGUCGUUACGACCGAAAACAGCAAGGCUUCGGUGGUCAAUCCAAGCCCAUCUUGCGUAAGAAGGCCAAGACCACCAAGAAAAUCGUCCUCCGUAUGGAGUGCUCUGAGUGCAAAGCCCGUAAGCAGCUGCCCAUCAAGCGAUGCAAGCACUUCGAAAUCGGUGGCGACAAGAAGAGGAAGGGCCAGAUGAUCCAGUUCUAA